CGGUGAAACUUGAACAAUGACGCACGAAAUAAAGCUUCCCAAAUAUGAAGUAGUUUUUUAUUUUAUUGUAUGGACUAGUGGCGUUUUGUAUUCUCUAUAUCAUUUAUAUUUAGCUGGAUCUUAUUUUGAUUACGUUGAAGAUCGUCAUGGUGAUUUUGCACCUGGAUGGUCUUGGAUUGAAAGAAAACAAGACAUAUCUGAUGAUGAAUGGAUAAUUUGGAUUCCAUUAUUGAAACGUCUAAUACCGUGGCUUACAGCACAUCUUCUAAUAGCACAAUUAAUGAAAUAUUACAAAUUUAACAGCACAGUUAUUUGUUCUUGGUACAUCUUCAUUACUUCAAUGUUUUUAUACAAUUACUUCGGCGUAAAUGGGAUGAUUAUCAUGUUUAUUCAACCCAGUUUAUCAUGUCUACUCAUAUCAAUUGGUAGCAUACCAUUUGCAUAUUAUAUCCUAUUAGGAUGCAUAAUAUUUGCACAAGUAACAUCAGCUUUCACUACAUUAUUACGUGAUUGGGCGAAUUUUGAUGAUAAACAAUAUUAUAUGAUGACUGUGAGCAUCUUUUGGGUUCAACUACGAUGUAUUUGUUGUACUGUUGAUGAGAUCAAUAACUAUAAGCAUCAAAAUAUUCAAGGAUUUCUUAAAAAUCUUAUUCGAAUAACAGCUUAUUACUUUUACUUGCCAACAUUACUUUUAGGCCCCUUUUUCUUGUACAGUAACUUUAUAAAAGGUGUAAAUGAACCUUUCAACAAUUGGACUUUGAAAAGAAGUCUUAUAUUUAUUAAAAAUAUGUCAAAAUAUGUAUUUUGGAUUUUUUUCACGGAACUUAGUUUACAUUUUAUAUACUGCAAUGCAUUCAGAUAUCAUCCAAAAGUAGUGUCAAUAUUAAAUGGAUGGGCAUUUCAUGGUUUAGGAUACAGUAUGGGACAAUAUUUUUGUAAUAAAUAUAUUAUUGUCUAUGGUAUUAGUGGUGAAAUUAGUCGAGCUGAUAAUAUUGAUGCUCCACCACCUCCUAAAUGUAUUGGAAGAAUACAUUUAUAUUCAGAUAUGUGGAAACACUUUGAUCGAGGAUUGUAUCAAUUUCUUGUAAGAUAUAUUUAUGGACCAAUUGUUCGACUAAAUAUCCCACUUUCGAGGAUUGUUGCUUCAUUUUUGUCAUUUAGCUUCAUAUAUGUAUGGCACGGACUUCACCAAUUUGUUCUUAUGUGGUCUUCGAUGAAUUUUUUGGGAAUAGUUAUUGAGAAUGUUGGUACAUAUAUAAGCAAUACUUCACAAUAUGUCUACUGUCGAGAAAAAAUUCUAUCUGAGAAAAAUAUUCGACGAUUCAACUGUUUAGUAGCUGCUCCAUUAUUGGCUAUGUCUGCAGUAUCAAAUUUCUACUUUUUUGGUGGAAUGAAAAUAGGAAAUUUGUUCAUCUAUAGAUUAUUUUACGAUUCAUGGACUACAAUUAUAACGCGGAUUCUUAUACUUUAUUGCUGCUGUCAAGUAUCUACAGAAAUGAAGAGAUUUGAAAUUCAUAAGUCUAAAAAAAUAUCAUUUUGAGGUAUAUCCA